UUUUGUCAUGAAUAUAGUGAUUACAUUAACUAAAAAUUGAAUUUAUUUAUUAAAAUGUAUUAAAAUUAAUUUAAUAUAUUAUACUAAAUUAAAGAAAUUUAUCUGAUAUUUUUCUAUAGUAAUAUUAUUAACUCUUUAGUUUAUAAAUAGUAUGAAUCGAUUUAAAUAUGCUAGUCUAAAUGAUGGAGAGACUAUCAUUUGCCGCCAUUCUAAUGUUACUCUUUAUGAUGGUGAACACAAAACAUCUUUUCAUCGUGGAGAAAUUCUUCUAACGAGCACACAUUUGUUUUGGAUUGGUGGAAAUACUUCCUUAUCACUCCAUUUAAGUUACAUUAUUUACAUCGAAACUAGUGUUACAGAAACUCUGUUUAGUUCCAAAACUAAAACUGUUAUUAUACAUUUACUGCCAUUAGAAAAACACUAUUCUCAUUCAGAGAUUCCUUUAAGUGAAAAUAAAGAAUAUGUAAAACUUGAUUUUAAAGAAAAAAUUCCCCAUAAUUUUUUAGAUUCAUUUCAAAAAACUGUGACUGAUAAAAAAUGGACUGUUGCAAACGUAUCAAAGCAAAUUAGAACAGGAAUUGGAGGUAUUGAAAAAAAUAUUUAUGAGAAACAAAAAGCAUCAGAUGUGAGUAUAACAGAAGCGUUUAAAGAUUUAAAUAGACUUAUGAAUACUGCAAAAGAAAUGGUAAACUUAAGUAAAAAUAUUUCAGAAAAAAUUAAAGAUAAACAAGGUGUAAUAAGUGAUGAUGAAACAGUGCAAUUUAAAUCUUAUCUCUUAGGUUUAGGUGUUGAUGAUCCAGUUACUAAAUCUUCAUUUACCGAUUCCAACUCAUAUUUUAAUACAUUAUCUAAAGAAAUUAUCAAAAUAAUUCAUUUGUCAUUAGAAGAAAGUGGUGGUAUAAUGACUCUUCCUGAAGUUUAUUGUCGAGUUAAUAGAGCUAGAGGAUUAGAUCUUCUAUCGCCUGAAGAUUUAAUGGCUGCAUGUUCUGUGAUGAAUUCUUCCAAAGAAGAAUUACCUGUGAAAUUAAAACAUUUCGACAGUGGAGUUUUAGCUUUACAAUUAGUAAAUUGUGAUGAAAACAAAGUAUUAGAAAACACUCUAGAAGCAAUAAGGAAAAAUGGUUCAUUAAGUGCUCAAGAAUUAUCUACUUCUAUUGGUGUACCAGUUAUUCUUGCAAAAGAAUAUUUAUUAGACUGUGAAAAGAAUGGAAAAUCAUGCAGAGAUGAAAGCAUUGAAGGUUUAAGGUUUUACAUAAAUACAUUUUUUGAGAAUAAUUUUAUAUAAUUUUUUAAUUAAAAUUUAUUAUAUUAUUCCUAUUAAAAGCUUACUCAUAAAAAAAAAUUCUAUGUUUAUUUAUAUAUUAGCAAAAAAUAUAAUUAUUUUAUUAAACAAUUCUA